AUGAUUGAGUCUUCUGAGGAUAAUUUGCAAAAAUUGGAUAUUAUACAAUAUGCCUGUUCUCUAGAUGGGCAACCAAUAUCAGGGAAAAGUGUUCACGAUAUUGUUGAGUCAUAUACAGAUGGACCUCAGUUAGCAAGACAAGUAUCUGCCUCUGUAAACGAUUUCAGAACUAGAUUUAUAAUGGAACAUGAGUCUUUUGUGACUAUUCGUAAUAUUCAAAUUAGGGUAAAUCAUAAUCUCUCAAGGAUAUUUGAUACUGAUGAUGAAGAUACGGAGAUCGACUUCUUUAUUCAUGGAUUGGGAGGAAAUUUAGAACAAUUUGAACCAAUACUCAGAUUGGAUGAUCUCUGUAAUAGGUAUUUCAUCGCUAUUGAUCUUCCAGGAUUUGGGAAAAGCGAAGAAUAUGUUGAUUAUUCUAUGGGUACUAUAGUCGAUGUGGUUCACGAAACAUUGAUUAAAAUAUUGCAAGAUAGUAACAAAAAGAAAUCCAAUAUUAAAUUCAACGUUAUAGGACAUUCAAUGGGUUGCUAUAUAUCUUUACAUUACUUCCAAAAAUAUAUUGCAGAUUUUCACUUACGAUCUCUGAUUCUACUAUCCCCACCUAAAGUAUAUAUUCCACAAUUACGAAAAGGUUAUUCUGUUACUCAAUUAGGGUUAUACGCUUUAUCUGUAUUUCCAUCUGCUUUCGAUUAUUAUAGAACACGUUUCGAUCAAAGUAGAGGAUUAAAAAGCUCUGGUAUUAGGGAUUUCUUCCAUAAUAAUUCACAUGAUAAUAUUGAUUUACAAUAUAGGAAGUUAUGGCAAUAUCAAAAUAAUAUUCAAAUUAAAAGUAAAAGUAUAGUUGGUUAUUUAAGGGGUUGGGAACAGAUAGAUUGGGGGAAUUUGGAUGAUUUAAUAAAAUCUCAAAGUUUGAAUUCCUCGAUUAAAUUAUUGAUUAUCGGUGGAAAUCAGGAUGCAAUAACGCCGAUAUCUGACAUUCAAAUGUUUUUCGAUACUCUACCAAUUGUCAAUGACAAGAGAUUGGAGAUUAUUGAAAGUUGUUCCCAUAAUAUUUGUUUUGAUUGUCCAGAAAAAAUAUGUAAGAUAUUUCUUAAGGAUGUCUUGAAACAAGUAUAA